AUGAAGAUUGAACCGGUGAAAGGACCGACACCUUGGGUAUCUCCAAUUGUAACUCCCCCCAAAAAACAUGGUGGCAUCCGCAUCUGCAUUGACAUGCGUGAAGCAAACAAAGCAAUCAAGCGAGAAAGAUACCCAAUGCCAACGAUCGAAGAAUUGAUAACUGAGUUAAAUGGUGCAACUCUUUUCAGCACUCUAGAUUUAAGCGCUGUAUAUCACCAAUUUGAACUUGAUGACGAAAGCAGAGUCAUCAUGACUUUCACAACCCAUAGAGGACUAAAGUUAUCCAGAGCUAGGCCUAUAGACACAAGAAUUGUAUUACCAGUAGCACUCAGGCAACAGGCAAUUGACUUGGCACAUGCAUCGCACCAGGGCAUUGUCAAGACCAAACAACUGCUAAGGGAAAAUGUUUGGUUCCCAGGAAUCGAAAAAGCCGUAGAACAAAAAGUAAAAGGCUGUCUAACUUGCCAAAUCACAACACCAGAACCUCUCCAAAUGACAAAGCUCCCACAAAAUCCAUUGCAAUCCAUUUCAAUGGACUUUAAAGGACCCUUUGCAGGAGGGGAGUAA